AGAAACAAAUCAAGUAAAGAACGCUAUUGUUAUUGAAAGGUAACAUGAAAUGUGAACAAAACUGAAAUUGGGGCUUAAGAAUAUAAAAAACAAUGCCUUGUUUCCUGUGCGUGAGUGGUUCGAAGGAUGUAAGAAUUUUACCAGAAUGUAACCAUGCAUUCUGCGAGGACUGUCUCACUGAAUACAUCACAGCCACCUUUGAAACAACCAAAAAUAAGGGCAAGAAGAAGAAAAAAUAUAUUUUUAAGUGUCCACAAUGCUCACAACAGUUUCAAGGUCCAGAUGCAAAAUCACUAAUUUCUGAAUGGAUACGCCAAUUACGGAUAUUGCCCUGUAAGCCAUCUGAAGAAAACAAAACGGAGACUGUUCUUACCGAAAGUGUAACCGAACAUCACGAUAUAACCAGCACUUGUGAUUUGAUUAACGCAACACUCGAGCCUCAAAAGUAUACGUUCGAGUAUGAAGACCAAGUUUCAGGUAAAACAAGCCAUAGAAAAGAGGUAAUUGAUUCAACUGAAAUGAGUUACAAAUUUUGCUCUGUACAUCGUGAAAGAAAUGUUGAGUUCUACUGUUGCAGCCAUGAUGAAUUUAUAUGCCGCAUGUGCAUUAUCAGAAAACGAAACCACCGGCAUUGUGAAAACAUUGUUGAUUUGGAAGACGCCGGUAAGAUUAUUCGGAAAGACGGAAUACAUUUGACAGUGUUAAGCGAUCUUGAAGAUGUAAAGGAAUACAACGAACAUCUUAUUAAUGAAAUAGAAGAAUCUAGAAAAACAUCUGAAUCUCAACGUUUAGAAAUAGGAAAGACGUUUGAAAUAGUUCGACAAAAAGCUUUACAUUUCAUUGAUAAACACGAGAAAGCCUGUCUGAAGACUUUUGACGAAGUUAUGGACAACCAAUCAGCACAAUUAAACAAUUCAAAAGCUGAACUCAAAUCCAACCUUAAAGAAACUGAAGACAUUACAAUACAGUUAAAAGAUAUUAUUGAAUCCGACGAAAAAAGUUCCUACUUAUUUCCAACUGUUUUAAAAAUAAUAAGGGACAUUUAUGAGAAGAAGGCGAAUAUCCGUGACAAUUAUUUGCCGUCGACUGUAACAAAGCUAAAAAUACAAGAAUCGGAGACUGAACUUCUAGAAAAAAGUUGCAAAGGGGUUCAUAUUGCAUACGAAAACAGGAAAGUGACACUUUCAUCUUUUCCAUUUCUUCGUGCAUCACCUGUAAGUCUACUCAGAGCGGUUUCUGAAGAUUCAGAUAUUCAAACUUCAGUUUUGGAAAAUCUAGAUCAAAACAAGAUAGUUAUAAAACAAUCUUCCGAGCUUCAGCAAGCUGAAAGUGUACUAUGUAAAAGAGAUGCAGGCAAAGAAAAACUCACAGACAAGGAGGACACAGUUUCGCCAUUAAACAUAUUUCUACAAAAUCUGUUUCAGAAAGAUGCAGACAAGACAUUGACAAUAGAAAAAGAAAACGAAAAGAAAUUUGCGUACAUUGCAAAAAAACACGAACAAGACAUACAAAAACAUGUCGGCAUAGGUUCUUUAUUGGAAGUGAGAAACCCUACAAGAAGUCUUACCCAAGCAAAGAAACAUCAAAAGAACAUUAUUUUGCCAGAUUUGAGACGCACCAGCAGUACAAACUUGGUGUUACCUUAUACACAGCAAUGCUGGGUGGCUGAUUGCCUUGUGUUGAAGAAAGGUAAAUUGAUAAUAUCAGAUGCACUGCAUAAUAGAGUUGUAGUUACAAAUGAUGACUUCUCUUUUGUUUCUGACAUGAUCAUGAAUUGCCCCCCUGGACAUAUGGCUGUUAAGGAGAACGGAUCCAUUUUGGUUUGUCAAAACGGAACGAACAGAAUUUCCUGUUUUGAUAUGGAUACGGAUGCCGAGUUAAAGCUGCAGUUAAACAUUACUCUGCCAUGGCAUCCAAAGAGCAUAAACUCGUUACCGAACGGGGAUGUCCUAGUUUCGAUGCAGGCACAGGACUACGCGUGGAAAAUUAUUAAAUUGCAAAGGCAUGAUGACGACACUUUCAAAAGGUUUAACACUGUUACCCAAUCACUGGACGAUGGGUAUUCGCUGCAUGUUGCUGUCGGUCACACUGGUUCACCGCUCGUUAUUCAAUGUUGUGAAUCUAAAGGAGUCGUAAAAGGAUUUGAUCUUGACGGAAAUCAGACGUUCUCAUAUGAAUGUGACAAGCCCGAGGCUGCCACACAUGACAAAUAUGGGUUUAUAUAUGUAGUCGAGUUCUCUGGUGUGGUCCACGUACUAAGGCAAGAUGGAACACCUCUAGGUGUAAAUCAUAUUUCAAAUAUGCACAAGUGCAAGAGGAUUGUUUACGAUGAGAGAAAUGACCGUCUUAUUGUUACAUCCUACAAGGGCAGUACACUCCAUGUGUUACAUAUAGGCUACAGCAGUAUUUGA